AUGGGCUCAGCAUUUACUUUAACACUAGCUAAUAUUUUCAUGUGGAAAUGGGAGAAACAACUUGUACACCGACUAAAAGUAUCCAAUGAAAUCUACGGACGGUAUUUAACAUGGUUCAUAGAAGAAUAUACCUUGCAUAUAAUGUCUCAUUUUAGAUAUGUUGACGAUAUUUUCUUUACGUCGAACGACUCACUAGAAUGUAUCGACCAAAUGUUAGAUGAAGCUAAUAACUUUCAUCCUAACAUUAAACUAGUGCGACAAAUUGGUAGAAGUGUUCCAUUUCUUGAUGUACUCAUUGAGAACAGAAAGGGCACUUUAACAACUUCAGUGUAUCAUAAAGAAGCAGCUGAGCCGUAUGUCGUACCAUUUGGAUCAGAUCACCCUGGUCAUGUUUUCCGAAACACUGUUGAUACUGCUAUUACGAAAGCAGUUCGUUAUUCAACAACCUUAGUUGAAUUUGAAGAAGAAAUACGACAGAUGAAACUCAUGUUUCUCUAUAACGGGUACUCGCCAAGACAGAUUCAUCGGCGGCUCACUACAUUAUUCAGUAAAUAUUUUUCCAACUAUUUCAUUUUGCCUAUGCUCCAUAACCCUGAUGACUUCGAUUAUUUGCGUCAUCAGUUAUUGACAACAUCAACAGCUACAACAUAUGAUAAAGUAACUAGAACCUCAGCUACUAAUCAAACUCAUGGUAAAAACAUACAAAAUCAUAAUCUAAAACCUACAGACAACAACGAUUUCACAACCAGAAAACGUCGUCAUCAUUCACCUAAGACAUGA